UUUUCUCAUCUACUCCAGAAUCUUCUGCUUCCGAAGUGCUUCAUUCUUCCAUUUAAUUCCAAAGCUCUUAAUCCAGGGAACAAGACUACCACCGUUAAGCUUGAUGAGGAGAAUUUUCUUCCGUGGAAAUUCCAAGUUCUCACGAUACUUCGAGGCUAUGAUUUGGAGCAGUAUAUUGAUGAUUCUGCUCCUGUUCCUUCCCAAUUUCUUACUUCUACGACUGAUACAAGCUCUAAUUUUGUUCCAAAUUCGAUGUAUUCAUUUUGAAUUCGUCAAGAUAGCUUGAUUGUAGCAUGUUUGUUCGGAUCAAUGUCCAAUUCUCUAUUAUCGGAGAUGCUUGAUUGUAAAUCUGUUUCUGAGGUUUGGCGCACUCUAAAUGCUCGAUUUUCCUCGCGUAAUAUGGCCAGAUUGAUGGAUCUGAAAUCCAAACUUGAAACAACAAAGAAAGGUGGUUUAAAGCUUGAACACUAUUUUCAGAAGAUCAAAAACCUUGUUGAUUCUCUAACUGUAGCAGGCCGAAAAUUUCUCAUAAUGAUCAUAUUCUUCAUAUUUUACAAGGAUUAGGUCCUGAAUACGACUAAAGAUGAUUCUCCAUCUUUACAGUCGAAUUGACCACCAUUCCUCUAUUAAUUCUGAUGGUUCUUUGCCAUCGGUGAAUCUUACCACCCAGUCCUCAGCGAAUCAAUCGUCUGUGCCAGCUUCGUCUGCAAGUUCUAAUGAUGUGAAUAAGCAUGGGAGAAAUCAAGGGCACAAGUUUCAUAAUCGGCGAUUUUGGAAUAAUAAUCAUGGCCGCAUUCAAUGUCAGCUAUGUGGUCGCUUUGGACAUACUGGUUUUGACAGAAGCUUUCAAGGUUCAAAUGCUAAUUCGUUUCAUCCAAAUUCUUCUCAGUUUUCUCAGGCAGCUGGUUUUGGUUUUUCUUCUGGUUUUAAUGCUCUCACACUACAACAUGAUUUGAAUAAGGAGAACCAGUGGUUUCCUGACUCAGGUACUUCCAACCAUGUGAUUAGUGAUCUUGCUAAUUUAGGCAUCAGUACUGAAUAUCUUGGGGAUAACAAAGUUCUUAUCGGCAAUGGUGCAGGAUCUCAAUGACAAAAUACUUCUCCAAGGCACACUUAAAGAUGGACUAAACAGCUUUGUUAUGCAUCCUUCUGACUUCCAUUUAGAUAGUUAUGGUAUGUCCACUGUUUCCAAAAUUGAAGAACACACUUGUGCUGCUACGUCUACUGUUUCUUCUCUUUUCUUUUUAGUUUUAGAAUUGUGGCAUAAUAGGUUAGGCCAUUUGGCUAUUCCUAUUGUAAAUCAUGUUCUUGACUCAUGUAAAAUUUCAUAUCCCCGUAAUAAA